GAGGGUAGGAAAUAGAAUGAAUCUUCUGCAUCGGCCACUUCGACCAUUUCUGCCUUGUCCAAGAGAGAAGACAAAGAAGUCGAAGCUCUGGUCUGGAACUUUCUGGAGCUCAUCGUAUCCCAAACAUGGCUUUUCCUCAUCAUAACUUCCAAGAACACUACCAACAACAACAACAACAACAACAACAAUCCAAAUAUUUCAGAAAUUUGUACACAAUCGACGGUCAGAUAUCGCCACCGGUCACCUAUUAUAAUCCCACGAAAGUACAAGAUCAGUCCCAGCAUCCUCCCUAUGUUCCAGCCUUUCAUGUAGUCGGGUUUGCACCAGGUCCAGUUGCUGCAGCAGACUGCAGCGAAGGUGGAGCUGAUUUGCAGUGGAAGUACGGUUUAGAAUCUAAGAGAAAAAGAUUAAAGGAGCAAGAUUUCUUGGAGAACAACUCGCAGAUAUCGUCCGUUGAUUUCUUGCAGCCGCGGUCGGUUUCAACAGGAUUGGGCCUGUCGCUUGACAAUACACGUAUGGCUUCUACUGGAGACUCGGCAUUGUUAUCCCUUAUCGGGGAUGACAUUGACCGCGAAUUACAACAUCAGGACACGGAGAUUGAUAGAUUCCUCAAAAUUCAGGCUGAUAGGUUGCGACAAACUAUUCUAGAGAAGGUGCAAUCCACCCAACUUCGGACCAUCUCAGUUGUGGAGGACAAGGUCCUGGAGAAACUCCGUGAGAAACAAGCAGAGGUGGAGAGCAUAAACAAGAAGAAUGUAGAGCUUGAAGAUCAAAUGGAACAGUUGAGUAUCGAGGCAAGAGCUUGGCAACAGCGAUCCCGGUACAACGAAAACAUUAUCACAGCUCUCAGGUUUAAUCUCCAGCAAGUGUUUUCUCAAAGCAGAGACAGUAAAGAAGGGUGUGGUGACAGUGAGGUAGAUGAUACAGCUUCUUGCUGCAAUGGCAGCUCCCUUGAUUUUCACUUGCUUUGCAAGGAGAACAACAACAUGAAAAAGAUGAGGUGUAAGGCUUGCCGAGUGAAUGAAGUUUGCAUGCUUCUGUUACCUUGUAAGCAUCUCUGUCUUUGUAAAGAUUGUGAAAGUAAGCAUAGCUAUUGUCCUCUGUGUCAGUGUUCCAAGUUUAUUGGAAUGGAGGUGUAUGUGAUGUGAUGUGAUGUGAUGUGAUGUGAUGUGAUGUCAUGUCAUGUAAUGUCAUGUGAUAAUUAUGAAAAUUCUCUUGUUAAAGGCUUUGCGUUGGUCACUUUUGAUUUCA